GUGAGCUGUGAGUUUGUCACUGGUCUCUGUGUCAGCAGUGAGUUCGGACAUGUGGAGGCAUAUCUUCCGUACCAAACAGCGCGUGCCUCAGGCAAGUUCUCCGCUCUAUCCAUCCACUUAGCAGAGAGAGGGAAAGAAGAGUGGAGUGAGACGGAAUAGAGAGAUCAUUAGACAUGUGGUUACAUGUCUGCGCUACAGUAGGAAUCAGAAUGUUGUUCUGUGUGGGUGUGGGUGUGGGUGUGUGUGUGUGUGUGUGUGUGUGUGUUUGGGGGGGAGUCAUAGCUCUAGUGUAUCAGAUAUAGAACAGGAAGCACCUGUAGCUGUAUUUUCUUUGACCUGGGCAGAUCGCACCUGUUUAAUAUUCAUCACACCUCAUGUCGCUCAUAAGACGACCCUAAACUCUUCAGCACACAUGUCACCGUAGCGUUAACACCCCGGGGAGCGCCUCAUCCAGCUCUGUGUAAUGUUUCUGAGAUGGGCUUUAGUGAUUAUUUGAAUUAUACGUGGGGAUGAGUAUUCUUAGAAAACUUCUAGCACCGUGUCUUCCUCCUGCUGUGGAGCUGAAAUGUUCAUCUGCAUUUAUAAUGGUUGUUUCCGACUUUUAUUUGCAUAACCGCGACUUUUCAGGUUUGUCAUGGGGUCAGUUUUAAAAUAAAGUGUCUUUAUAUUGCAUGUUAGAUAGGACGUUCGCGUUAUUAACUGUGGAUGCCGGGGAUUAGUCGGAUUUUAAUUAGUAACGGUGGAUUUGGUGGGAAAGCCAUGGUUUUUGGGAGGAGUAGUUUUUUGUAAUUGUGGAUAUUGGGGAUUAGUAGUUUUUGCACUGGUACUGCUCGAUGUUAGGGAUUUAUAGUGUUUGGAUUAGUAACAGUACAUGCUAUGGAUUGUUUGUUUUUGUAUUAGCAACUGUUGAUGUUGGAGAUGAACAGUAACAGUAGAUCUUCGGGGUUGAUAGUUUUGUUUAGGUAAUUUAUAGUGUUCAGAUAAGUAGCAGUAUUGUUUUACGGAUUAGUACGUUUUGAAUUAGCAACCGUUACCGUUCGGGAUUAGUAGUUUUUACACCAGUCAUGCUAGAUAUAAGGGAUUUAUAGUGUUUGGUUAGUUAGUCGUUUUUGUAUUCGCAGGUUAAUAGUUUUGCUUCAGUAACAGUAGAUGUUAGGGAUUAGUAGUGUUUACACCAGUAAUGCUAGAUAUAAGGGAUUUAUGGUGUUUUUGUAUUCGCAGCUGUUGAUGUUGGAGGUUAAUAGUUUUGCUUCAGUAACAGUAGAUGUUGGGGAUUGGUAGUUUUUUUUGGAAUAACGGGAUGUUUAAGGAAUUCUAGUGUUAAGCUAAGUAACAGUAUAUUUUAGGGAUUAAGAGUUUUUGGAUUAGACACUAUUGAUAUUAGGGAUUAGUCAUGUUUUUUCUCAGUAACAAUAAAUGUUAUGGAUUUAAUAGUUUUUUUGGAUUUGUCGCUUCAUAUUAGGAAUUGGGGAUUGAUUUAAUAACGGUCAGUGUUCUUACAGGGAUUAGGGAUUAGUGGUUGUAAUUUUAGUUGUUUUGUUAGUUUGUUUUGUUUUGUUUUUUAAUACUUGUAUUAGUGCCCCUAUGUGCACAGACCACUGUGAGUUUCAUAAGCAGGAACUAUUAAUAAUCUCACACACACGCAUGCACGCACUGCUGAGGAGAAGGAUUUCCAGCUUCUAAGCUGUUUUGGAACAGCAGCGUUUGUACAUGUCUGACAUUUUACUCACAGCCUAACUUGGAUUAAACGUCCUGAGUGUUCCUGUGUUGCAGUCAAAAUCGGACGCACAUGACGACGGUGUCGAAAUAACAGAAGAAACACAGGAAGCGCUUCCUUGAGCAAGUUCUGUUCCGUCACGCUUCUCGGUUGUGGUGAUGGUGCAGCUGAACGCCGUGAUGGUGUUCAUAUAAACAGGGCCACACUCUAGUGUUGGAAAGAGUUCUCAGAAUAAUUCAUUUAGUUUCUGAGUAAAAUCGAUCACUUUCAGUUGAGUAAUGCUCCACGCUUGAUUUUCGUGCACAUUUCAAUGCUGCUUUCGUAAAUGAAGCCACAGCUUAAAACAGGCACAAGCCUGGAUAUGCUUACAAUGCAUCACGGGUAAUUUAUGGUAUGGUCGGCUUAUGCAGAUUUUAGGACGGCAACAAACGAUUAUUUUCAUAAUCGACCGUGUUCCAUUUGAGGCGAUAUUACCUUUCUAAAAUCCACACACUAGACCGUGGAGUACAUAGUGCAUAGUGUAAGUGCACGGUACGUCAUUUGGGGCACGACGUUAGUAUUUCCUCUCUGAUGUGUGUUUUCGGAACAGAAGUAACGUAACGAGUAAACGUACCCUGUGCCGCGCAGACGAACGAAUCGAUUAUGAGGUUCAUCGUCAACGAGUUUCAUAAUCGAUUUAGUUGUUGCAGCUCUGGCAGAUUUGGGUUGUUCUAUAGUUUGGGGCGUUUCUCAAAAUUGUUUUAGUACGUAAGCUAAACAGACAUGGAUUCAGGACGGAGCACAGGAAAAGGUCAGACGUCGAAAUGGUUUCUCUUUUCUUUAUGUCUUAUUGGGCGAAAAUAGGAAAUAAGUGGUGAGGCAAUAGUGGUUAGUCUUCCUGCACGUUUGCGUGUGUCAUAAAGUGAAAUGACGAGUCCUGGCAGGAUGUAGGGGGGGAUAUAGUAGCUGAUGCUUUCUGACAGUGCAAUUCUUCCUCCAGAAAGUGUGUGACAUCACGUGGGUGGAGAAGGACUUUGCCGAUGUUAACAGGAAGCACCCUUAGGUCAGGCUGGCGCUCAGAUGGCAUUACAGCGGGCAGAUCGAGGCGAUGGAGAGAUGCCCAGGCUAGCAGAGAGAUGACGAGAUGGAGGAGAAAAAAAAGAAAAACAAGUUCGGACUGAGGCAGCUCCUGACUCUGUACCUGUUCAAAAAGCAUCAGAAUAAAGCGCUAGCGACGGUCGCAAACGCCGCGUGUCCGAGAACCGAAACUAGCAGCAUCAAAAGCUCGAUAGAGUCAAGCGCAGCCUCUGAAUGGGAGCAGAGCCAGUGGACGGAAGAUGAUGUCAUCAAAGAGAUCAACAUCACGCAUGUGGUCAAGGAAGGGGCGGAGAAGGCGGACCCCUCACAGUUCGAGCUGCUCAAGGUGCUUGGACAGGGCUCCUUCGGGAAGGUGUUUCUGGUGCGGAAGGUGACGCCUCCUGACAACAAUCAGCUCUACGCCAUGAAAGUUCUCAAGAAGGCCACACUUAAAGUGCGUGAUCGGGUCCGGACUAAAAUGGAGCGAAACAUCCUCGCAGAGGUCAACCAUCCAUUUGUAGUCAAACUGCACUAUGCCUUUCAGACGGAGGGGAAGCUGUAUUUGAUUCUGGAUUUUCUGCGGGGAGGUGAUCUCUUCACCAGACUGUCAAAAGAGGUGAUGUUCACAGAAGAAGAUGUGAAGUUCUACCUGGCAGAACUGGCUCUGGGUCUGGAUCACCUUCACGGUCUUGGCAUCAUCUACAGAGAUCUAAAACCUGAGAACAUCCUGUUAGAUGAAGAGGGGCACAUCAAACUCACAGAUUUCGGCUUGUGUAAGGAGUCCAUUGACCAUGAGAAGAAGGCCUACUCGUUCUGUGGGACGGUGGAGUACAUGGCCCCCGAGGUGGUGAACAGGCAGGGCCACAUCCACAGCGCUGACUGGUGGUCAUUCGGGGUACUAAUGUUUGAGAUGCUCACGGGAUCUCUGCCGUUCCAAGGGAAGGACCGUAAGGAGACGAUGAACCUCAUUCUGAAGGCACGGUUAGGGAUGCCCCAGUUUCUAAGCACAGAAGCUCAGAGUCUGCUGAGAGCACUGUUUAAGAGGAACCCCACCAACAGACUAGGCUCUGGGCCAGACGGUGCUGAGGAAAUCAAACGUCACUCCUUCUUCUCAACCAUUGACUGGAAUAAACUCUUUCGUCGGGAGAUCAAGCCGCCAUUUAAACCAGCCGUGGCUCGACCUGACGACACCUUCUACUUCGACUCAGAGUUCACCUCCCGCACCCCCAAAGACUCCCCUGGUGUUCCCCCGAGCGCCGGAGCUCAUCAGCUCUUCCGUGGCUUCAGUUUCGUGGCCACGGCACUGCUCGAGGAGGAGGGCACAGAGGAGUCCGCUCAACCCCCUCCCCACCCUGUGGUCCAGCAGCUGCACGGUAAGAACACGGUGUUCAACGAUGGCUACGUGCUAAAGGAGGAUAUCGGCAUGGGGUCGUUCUCCGUGUGCAAGCGCUGCGUCCAUAAAGCCACCAACACGGAGUACGCGGUCAAGGUCAUCAAUAAAACAAACACCGAUCCUUCAGAAGAGAUCGAGAUUCUGUUGCGGUACGGCCAACAUCCCAACAUCAUCACGCUGAAAGAUAUGUAUGAUAACGGGAAGCUGGUUUUCCUGGUGACGGAGCUGAUGCGAGGCGGUGAGCUGCUCGAUCGGAUCCUCAAACAGAAGUUCUUCUCCGAGAGAGAAGCCAGCGCCGUGCUGCACACCAUCACCAAGACCGUGGAGUAUCUGCACUCUCAGGGGGUUGUACACAGAGACCUGAAGCCCAGUAACAUCCUGUACGUCGAUGAAUCUGGAAAUCCGGAGUCUCUGCGGAUCUGUGACUUCGGUUUCGCUAAACAGCUCCGUGCAGAUAACGGCCUCCUGAUGACUCCCUGCUACACGGCUAACUUCGUCGCUCCUGAGGUGUUGAAGAGGCAGGGUUAUGAUGAGGCAUGUGACAUUUGGAGUUUGGGAGUGUUGCUGUACACCAUGAUAGCAGGUUUCACUCCUUUUGCUAAUGGUCCAGAGGACACGCCGGAGGAGAUCCUGGGUAGGAUAGGAAGCGGACAUUUCACCCUGACCGGGGGCAACUGGGACGCGGUGUCUGACGCAGCCAAGGAUCUGGUGUCUAAGAUGCUGCAUGUGGACCCUCAUCAGAGACUAACAGCGAAGCAGGUGCUCAAACACCCUUGGAUUGUGCAGAGAGAUCAGCUACCAAACAGCCAGCUGCAGCACCAGGAUGCCAAGCUCGUCAAGGGGGCGAUGGCUGCCACCUACUCGGCCCUGAAGAGUUCCCAGCCGACCCCCGAACUCAAACCUAUCGAGUCCUCGUUUCUCGCCCAGAGACGUGUGAAAAAGCUACCCUCUACCUCUCUGUAGAUACACAGAGAGCACGACGGAGAAGGAGCGCACCACUGAAGGGAACAAAAGCAGUACUGUACGAAAGCCACUCUGAAGCUCUGUGGACUGAAAACGCUCUCUUCACCUCGCACGUGCCAUCAGCAGGCUCACAGAGCUUAGACAAGCCGUCAAUCAGAGUAGACAGUGGCUGUGAUUGGCAGAUGGACAUUGGAGCACCAGGGUUUCAGUGUUCCAUAAAGGGUGUGUGUGUGUGUGUGUGUGUGUGUGUGUGUGUGUGUGUGUGUGUGUGUGUGUGUGUGGAAGAGUGCCAGAUAGAGCUACAAGCUCCCAUUAGGAAGCAGUCAAUAUUGGUGGCCUGUUUGUGGUCCUGCUGUUCUGUUUUGUUUGUUUCCGUUUAUUCGUCUACGAUGUGGGGUUUUUUCCUGUUUGCUUUGUUUAAUGUAAAUGGCUAAAUCAGUUUGAUCCUGACUCUGAGUCUGGAAUACAAAGAGACUAUACACAGACUGGGAAUGUUUAAGCAUCUUUUUUUUUUUUUGUGCUAUGGAUAUAAAAGCAUGACAGUUGAGACUCUGACCAAGUGCAUUGUGGGUACAUGGGGUAGUUUUGCAUGGCUGCUGUGUAAAAUGCUGUGUCGUUGCUUCACAUGCUGCACAUUGCUUUGUGACACACUUUUGCACAGGGUUCUGGCUGUUCCAGUGUUUCCUUGCUUUUUUAAGUGUAUAAAAACAGGAUGAUGAUGGUGAUGAUGAUGAUGAAUUAAAUCUCCCAGGCCCGAG